AUGGUGAAAAACACAAUAGAACGAUGUGUUGCAUGUCAAGCAUUUGGGCGAGCGAAUGCACCUGAGCCAAUAGCAACAACAAAUAUGCCAAAACACCCAUGGAGAGUUUUAUAUGUCGACUUCUAUGGCCCUCUGCCAUCGAAUGACUACCUACUGGUGGUGAUUGACCGGUACCCAAGAUUUCCAGACGUGGAAAUCGUCCGUUUUACAAAAGCUUCAGUAGUGAUACCGAAGCUUGAUAAAAUAUUUGCUGUGCAUGGCAUCCCAGAAGUCUUAAAGUCAGAUAAUGGCCCGCCGUUUGAUGGAGAUGAGUAUAAGCAGUACUUAAAGUCACUGGGAAUCAAACCCGAGUUUUCUACUCCGUUAUGGCCUCAAUGCAACGCCCAAGUUGAGAUAUUUAUGCAACCCCUUGGAAAAGCGCUCAAAACAGCCAAAAUCGAAGGUCGCCCAUGGAAGCAAGAGCUCAAUUGA